UGCAAAACUUGCGAAAUCUAAUGGCGGCAUAGCAGCUCAAGGGAACAACUUGAUCAACCGGUGGAAUGGGCGGCCGUAUUCGCAGAGGUAUUACGAGAUAUUGGAGAAGAGGAAAACCCUACCUGUUUGGCACCAGAAAGAAGAGUUCUUGCAAGUUUUGAAGUCUAAUCAAACCCUAGUCUUGGUUGGUGAAACUGGUAGCGGUAAAACCACUCAGAUUCCUCAGUUUAUUCUUGAUGCUGUUGAUAUAGAGGCCCCAGAUAAACGCAGGAAAUACAUGGUUGGCUGCACCCAGCCUCGUAGGGUAGCUGCUAUGUCUGUUUCUCGUCGGGUUGCUGAAGAGAUGGAUGUAACUAUUGGAGAAGAAGUUGGUUAUAGCAUCCGUUUUGAAGACUGCAGUAGUGCAAGAACAGUUUUGAAGUAUUUGACAGAUGGUAUGCUUUUAAGAGAAGCUAUGACAGAUCCGCUUUUGGAACGUUACAAAGUGAUAGUUCUUGAUGAGGCUCAUGAAAGAACUUUGGCAACCGAUGUUUUAUUUGGGCUUUUGAAGGAAGUAUUGAGAAAUAGACCCGACCUGAAACUAGUUGUAAUGAGUGCUACUCUUGAGGCCGAAAAGUUUCAGGGUUAUUUCAAUAGCGCACCUCUUAUGAAAGUUCCAGGAAGACUGCAUCCAGUGGAGAUUUUGUACACACAGGAACCUGAGAGGGAUUACCUUGAGGCAGCAAUUCGUACAGUUGUUCAGAUACACGCAUAUGAACCACCUGGUGACAUACUUGUAUUUCUUACUGGAGAGGAGGAGAUAGAAGAUGCAUGUAGGAAAAUAACAAAAGAAAUUGGAAAUAUGGGAGAUGCUUGCGGGCCUGUGAAAGCAGUGCCACUGUAUUCUACGCUUCCUCCUGCUAUGCAGCAGAAGAUAUUUGAACCUGCUCCUCCCCCCCUGACUGAGGGCGGCACUCCUGGGAGGAAGAUUGUAGUCUCAACAAACAUUGCAGAAACCUCUUUGACCAUAGAUGGUAUAGUUUAUGUGAUAGACCCUGGGUUUGCAAAACAAAAGGUCUAUAACCCUCGAAUACGUGUUGAAUCUUUGUUGGUCUCUCCGAUAUCAAAGGCUAGUGCUCACCAAAGAUCAGGUCGUGCUGGAAGAACCCAACCAGGAAAAUGUUUUAGACUCUACACUGAGAAAAGUUUCAAUAACGAUCUUCAGCCACAGACAUACCCAGAAAUACUGCGAUCAAACCUUGCAAACACAGUUCUCACCUUGAAGAAACUAGGGAUAGAUGAUUUGGUCCAUUUUGAUUUUAUGGAUCCCCCUGCCCCAGAGACAUUGAUGCGCGCAUUAGAGGUUUUGAAUUACUUGGGAGCGUUGGAUGAUGAAGGCAACUUGACCAAGCUGGGUGAGAUCAUGAGUGAGUUCCCCUUGGAUCUGCAGAUGUCAAAGAUGCUUGUUGUCAGCCAGGAAUUUAACUGUUCAAAUGAGAUUCUGUCUAUUUUUGCCAUGCUUUCAGGUUGUCGUCUGUUACCGGGCUUUCUUUGUGUCUGUGAGUCUAAUUGUGGGUCUAAGGUGAUGUAGACCACGAUGGGCUGG